AAAAAAGAACAUAGUUCCUCCCUAAAUGUCACCUCUCCAUGUUAGAGAAAGGUUUCUCUGCACUGCCUGUAUUUCUACAGUCUCCUUCGCUGGUUCUCCCUCACUGCCUUCUUUCCGUAUGCUAACACUUAUGUUAUCCAUUCCCUACGUCAGAUCUUUCUGGAAGAUGGAAGAAGCUAACAGCUCACUGCUAGCUGAAUUCAUCCUCAUAGGCAUUCCCUAUCCACCCGGGCUCAGGACAUUCCUUUUUGUGUUGUUUUUGCUAAUCUACGUGCUGACUCAGUUGGGGAACCUGCUUAUCCUAGUCACUGUCUGGGCAGACCCGCAGCUCCAUGCCCGCCCCAUGUACAUCUUCCUUGGUGUCCUCUCCAUCAUCGACAUGAGCAUCUCUUCCAUCAUCGUCCCUCGCCUCACGAUGAACUUCACCUCGGGCAUCAAACCCAUCCCAUUCGGUGGCUGUAUCGCUCAGCUUUAUUUCUACCACUUCCUGGGCAGCACCCAGUGCUUCCUCUACACCUUGAUGGCUUACGACAGGUACCUGGCCAUAUGUCGGCCCCUGCACUACCCUGUACUCAUGACUGCUAAGCUGAGUGCCUUGCUCGUGGCUGGAGCUUGGGUGGCCGGCUCCAUCCAUGGGGCUCUCCAGGCUAUACUAACCUUUCGCCUGCCCUACUGUGGGGCCAAUCAAGUAGAUUACUUCUUCUGUGAUAUCCCUGCAGUUCUGAGGCUGGCCUGUGCUGACACCUCGGUCAACGAGCUGGUGACCUUUGUGGACAUUGGAGUGGUGGUGGCCAGCUGCUUCUCCUUGAUCCUCCUCUCCUACGUCCAGAUCAGUCGGGCCAUCCUGAGGAUUCGGACAGCUGAUGGGCGGCGCCGGGCCUUUUCCACUUGUGGAGCCCACGUCACCGUGGUCACUGUGUACUACGUGCCCUGUGCCUUCAUCUACCUGAGGCCUGAAACCAGCAGCCCCCUGAGUGAGGCAGCUGCUCUGUUUCCCACAGCCAUCACGCCUUUCCUCAACCCCCUCAUCUACACUCUGCGGAACCAGGAGGUGAAGCUGGCCCUGAGGAGAAUGAUAGGGGGCUCGAGGGCAAAGAGUGAGCUUUGAACGUGUCUGUCUCCCCCUAGAGAAACCACCACACUGAAAAUUCAUUGUCAUAUUUAAAUUUCAGCGGGACUCUUUUCUCUUUUAGGUAGCCACACCAUACCAAGGCAAGAUCAAACACAAUUAAGGUAAAAUACCACUUUCUAGCAGUUCUUUACCACCUCCUGCAGAUGCACAGCUCUCAGAUGCUACAAGAGGAGAGAGAGAGGGAGAGAGAGAGAGAGAAAAGCCCCACCAGAGAUAGCAAAAGAUGGCCACUUAGACAGCCAGAGGACUGGCACAGCAGAAGCAUCCAAUGGGCUUUCCAGUCUCUAAGUACUCAUUGGCCAAGCCCUCAUGAGAUAAACCAUACUUCUUUUGAUUGAGGAAUAUUCUUCAGUUCUGUUCAAUGCUGUUGUCUUAGCAAAUAAUAAAAUAACAUUAAAAAGAUCCAUAGGGCUGGCAUUAUGGCACAGCAAGUUCAUCCACCGUCUGGGACACCUGCAGCCCAUACAGCAGUGUGCUUCUGAGUCACAGUUCCUCCACUUACAAUCCAGCUUCGUGCUAAUGAGCCUGGGAAAUAAUGAUCGCCCAAGUGCUUGGAUUCCUGUACCCAAGUGGGAGACCCAAACUGAGCUCCAGGUGCCUUGCUUCUGCCUGGCACUGACCCAGCUGUUGUAGGCAUUUGGGAAGUUAACCUGUGAAUCAAAGCUAUCUCUCUCACUCUGGCUCUCACUCUCGCUUUCACUGUCACUCUGUUUUUCAAGUAAAUGAAUCUUUUGAAAAUAAACAAACAGGGACUGGCAUUGUGGCAUAGCGAGUAAAGCUGCCGCCUGUAACACCAGCAUCCCAUAUGGCUGCUAGUUCCUUUCCCGGCUGCACCUCUUCUAAUCCAAAGCUCUUCUUUUUUUCUUUUUCUUUUUCUUUUUUUUUUAUUUAUUUGAAAGAGUUACAGAGAGAGGUAGAGAAAAAGAGAGGGGUCUCCCAUCCCCUGGUUCAUCCCCCAGAUGGUUACAAAGGCCGGAGCUGCACCAAUCCGAAGCCAGGAGCCAGGAGCUUCUUCCCAGGUCUCCCAUGCAAGGUGCAGGGGCCCAAGGUCUUGGGCCAUCUUCUACUGCUUUCCCAGGCCACAGCAGAGAGCAGAUCAGAAGAGGAGCAGCCGGGACUAGAACUGGCGCCCAUAUGGGAUGUUGGCGCUUCAGGCCAGGGCUUUAACCCACUGCCAUAGUGCCGGCCCCCCAGCACUCUUCUAAUG